UUGAGAAUGGAGAGGUGUACAGGAACCCGACAGAGGUGAAGAUGAGUCAAAUAGUCCUUCCCUGCCAUGCCAACCACUGUGGACAGCUCAGCGCUGGACAACUUCUCAAAUGGAUGGACUCCACAGCUUGCCUCUCUGGUCUGUCAGGAGUACAUUUCUUAGAAAUACAUUGAGUUGCCAUCACUCCUGAAAUGACCUGAUGGUUUUUUUAUUGAUUUUGCUUCAUGUUCAGAUAAGUUUAUCAAAUUACCCACCCACAAUUCAGAAAUAACUCAGAAACAUUAUAGUCUAUUUGACUCUGAAUCUUUUCCGUCACCUCCAACAUUCAUGUACACGCGUGCACCCCGUAUGCUUGUACUACGAGUCAUGAGACAUCACAGAUGGAGACGUCUGACUACUAUUGUGUAUAAACAGAGUAAGAAGCUGGUUAAAUCCGUGUUAAAAAGACCAGCUUAGACCAUCCAAGCAUGUUUGACCAGCACAGCCAUGUUGCUCAACCAGUACGGUCUAUCUGAUGAAGCUGAGCGUCAUGCUGGUUGUUCCUGUAUCACAGCCUCGGUGGACGACAUUAAUUUUGAGACCACCAUAGGGGUUGGACAGGUUGUAAAUAUUAAAGCCAAAGUCAACAGAGCUUUUACAUCCAGUAUGGAGGUUGGGAUUUUGGUGUGCUGUGAAGACCUCUUCAGCGACAGACGGUGGAAGAUCUGCAACGCUUUUGCUACUUUUGUGGCCCGUCGUACUGAAACAGGAAAGGUCCAGCUGAAGCAGGUCGUUCCACGAACGCAGUCAGAGCAGAUGGAGUACAGCCUCGCAGCCGAGCGCAGGAGGAUGAGACUAAUCCAUGCAGAGAUAAUUACUGAUCUUCUCAGCAGCUGCUCCGCGCAGACAGUGAAUGAGUGUCUGGAUUUCCGUUGUGCCGUGCCCGCGGAGAAGACUUGUGUAGAAAGUGUCGAGCUGGUGCUCCCGCCUCAUGCCAAUCACCAGGUCAGCACCUUCGGUGGGCAAAUCAUGGCAUGGAUGGAGAACGUAGCCACCAUUUCUGCCAGUCGCUUGUGCAAUGCUCAUCCAACUCUCCGGACCAUAGACAUGUUUCACUUUCGUGGCCCCUCCCACAUUGGAGACAGACUUGUACUGAAGGCCAUUGUAAACAAUGCAUUCAAGGAAAGUAUGGAGGUGGGAGUGUGCGCUGAGGCCUAUCAGGGUGGAGAGCCGCUGCGACACAUCAACACCGCCUUCAUGACAUUUGAGGUCUUGGACAAUGACGGGAAGCCACGCUCGUUGCCAAGGAUACGACCCGAACCUGUGGAUGGUAAGAGACGCUUCCAGGAAGCUAUAGCUAGAAAGAAAAUACGCCUUGACAGGAAGUACAUAAUAUCCUGUAAGCAAAGUGAGGUUCCUCUCUCAGUUCCCUGGGAUCCAAGUAACCAGAUGUACCUCAGUUACAACAAUGUCUCUGCACUAAAGAUGUUGGCUGCCCGGACCAACUGGGUUUUAACCUCAGAGAAAAACCAGGUGAGUUUAUACACACUUGAGGAGAACCAGACGUUGUGCUUUAAGGUGGAGACUCAUGUGGCCGUGGCAGCCGAGCAGGUGUUUCUUAUGCUGUCUGAUCUGAAGCGCAGAAAGGAAUGGGACCACCACUACCAAGAGUGUGAAGUGAUAACUGAAGCACAUGAAGAUGAUACCAUCUACCGUGUUGUCACCCCAUCUGUGACAAAAGGAGGCAAAGUCCAGGACUUCAUUCUUCUGGCCUCCAGAAGGCGCCCUUGUGAUUCUGGAGACCCUUAUUUGAUUGCUCUACGUUCUGUAACCUUGCCUGCGUGUCCUCCUGCUGAAGACUACAACAGAGGUGAAGUUCUCUGUGCUGGCUUCACUAUCUGGGAAGUGGGAAACUCUUGCACUAAGAUUUCUUACUACAACCAGGCCACUCCAGGCGUGCUGCCCUACAUCUCCACUGACAUCGCUGGGCUUUCCUCCAGCUUCUACUGCACCUUUUCUUCAUGUAGCGCUUUCCUGGAGAAGAAUAAAGGCAGGGUGGCUUUUCUGCCCACCCCUGUUGUGUAUAGGAACUGAGGAGUGAAGUGCACAUGCUCGGCUCUUCUGAAUAUGAUCCAGUUUCGGAAAGAAUAUUUAGGGUCAAUAUUUUGCUCAGGUAGAGAUCAACAACAGCGUGGAUCCAUUUAAUACAGACUUUCCAUGUUGAGUGCAGUAUAAAAGUUUUAUCAACUGCAGGAACAUGAAACUUUGUGAAUUCAGAAAAAAGCCUUGUUUGUUAUCACAAGAGUUUAAUUUGUUAAAACACCAAACAGACAAUGAAAAUAUACAGUUUUGCAUAUUGUCUUGUAUAAUAGUAUUAUUAGAGUAU